UUGAAAACGAGAAACCAGGACAAUUGUUUAGACCCCGUUCAACAAGUUGCAAAUACCUAUAAUGGCUGUGAUGUAUGUUACCGGGGACACACCGACACGGGGGGAGCGGGGUGUCCUCAGCCAAGUGUCGCAUUGUCAGGCUGAUGUGUGUCGGGAAUAUGAGGGAAAUGGAAGGUCAGUUGUUGGUGUAUAUUUGGAGAUCCGACACACGCACUUGCGGCACGUAUAUAUACCCUCUUCCCUUUUUGGUAGCUCGGCUCCCUGUGCUGCUGCCCCCGGGUCAGGAGAGAACCUGCAGGAUUAAAACGCCCCUUCCCCAGGAAAAAAAAAAACUGGGUCGCCAAACAAACACUGGCCCUGUCACGGUGAAUUUGCUGUUUGAUCAUCGGGUGGGUCAGGUCUGCAGCUCUGCAAAGACGUGCAAUCGAUGACCUUCGAGGUUGAAUUAACACGGCGAGCACAAGUUGAAGUCAUCGCAGAAGGACAAGGUUCGGCAGUUCAUGUCCUUCACACAGGCGGGGGAGAGGACGGCCGUGUACUGCCUGACACAGAAUGACUGGAAACUAGAAGUCGCAACAGACAACUACUUCCAAAAUCCAGACCUCUACUACAAAGAAUCCAUGAAAACCUCCGUAGACCGCAAGAAGCUGGAACAGCUCUACAACCGAUACAAAGACCCUCAGGAUGAGAACAAGAUAGGAAUUGACGGGAUCCAGCAGUUCUGUGAUGACCUGACCCUUGACCCGGCUAGCAUGAGCAUACUGGUGGUAGCAUGGAAGUUCAGAGCAGCCACGCAGUGCGAGUUCAGCAGGAAAGAGUUCCUGGAUGGCAUGGUAGAACUAGGCUGUGACAGUCCCGAAAAACUUAAGGCGAUCCUUCCCAGACUAGAGCAGGAGCUGAAAGACACGGGGAAGUUCAAAGACUUCUACCAGUUCACCUUCAAUUUUGCCAAGAAUCCCGGGCAGAAAGGCUUAGAUUUGGAGAUGGCUGUGGCUUACUGGAACCUAGUUCUCACAGGUCGCUUCAAGUUUUUGGAUCUCUGGAACCGCUUCCUGCUGGAACAUCACAAAAGGUCAAUACCUAAGGACACAUGGAACCUCCUUCUGGACUUUGGUAAUAUGAUUGCAGACGACAUGUCAAAUUAUGAUGAAGAAGGGGCGUGGCCUGUCCUAAUAGAUGACUUUGUGGAGUUUGCUCGGCCAAUCGUGACAGGAAGCAAGCGCAACAUGACAUAGUGUUUGUCCCAGCUUCAUGUAGCGAAUGGAGUUUGUGUUUCUCCCACUUUUCUUUUUCUGAAUGAGGAUUUUUUUUAUACAAAUGAGCCAAAAAGAGACUUUCUCCCAAUAAGCCUGUCUGCAGCUUGUCAUCCAGAAUGUUCUUCCAACUGCAUCCAAUGCCUUGGUUGGGAGUGACCUGGAAAACUGGGCACAGAUUUUUUUUUUUUGUUGUUGACUGCAAGUGGACCGGCAAGAACAGACUUUUGGAUUGCAAUAUCAAAAUGGUGGUUACCCCGAUUCUUGUCAUUCAGGGGCAAAUAACCAUUGGGUGUGGCUUUGAACUGCUGCUGUGGACAUGGCUCACUAACCUGCACCCUUGGCACAAAGAGGAGGGACAGUAAGAGUGAGCUGUCAGCACACACAGAGGAUUAAGUUAUAGAUGCAGUAGGAUGCAGCCUCUUGCUUUGAAUGGAACAGUAUGUUUAAACCUGCAUGUUUCUGUCUGCUAGUGUGAAGCAGUGCCAUGGACGUUUAGGAGGAAAAAUAUAAUCGUGAUAAUUUUCACUGAGACUGCGAAUGUGUAGCUCUCUAACAAUCACACUGAGAGCAGAGGAAAAGGUGUGCUUGGUUGUCAUUGUGUGUGUGUGUGUGUGUGUGUGUGUUUGUUUUGAGGGGUUAAACAUUUAGCCUCUUUUACAAUACAAAGCUAAAUAUUUUAAUUUGGUUUUAUUACAAUGUGAAUUUAUGACAUUCUGAUUCACCUUUAAUGAGUGACAAUGAAAAGUUCAGAUCAGAGUUUUGUACUCAGACUGAGAAUUGGACAGAGCAGCAUGAUUUCUGAGCUCAGCACCAGCACUACUGUUACAGUAAAGUACUGUAAUCAUAGGAAUAAGAAUAGAUACUAUUUUAGAAGAACGAAAAUGUAUAACUGAGAAAACAGGUAAUUACAUUUAUAAUCAUAAUUAGUACCUGAAUCAUAUAGGAUCCUCACUUUAAAAAUGCUACCACGUUUUAUUUUUGGUUGACUUUAGUUUUGCAGUGUGUAAACUGCUGUACACAAAGAGAAAACUGACUGGCACGUUGACUGUUUUUUAUUAUCCAGGAGAUGAUGACUUGCCAACUCUACAGACUGCACUGAUAUACACUUUUUCUGUUGUAGGUCUUUUUUUUCAGACAGAAAGAAAAAUAGCACCCACAUCCUAUUUGAUAGUAUUUUAAGAGUUUGUUUACACAGUUUGAGGUUUUAGUUGGAUGCUUUUCAUGGAUUAGUUACUGCUGUGCAAUGGUGGCAUGGGAAAACACCAUUUAACUGUUACACUGAGGAGCCUGUCACACUCACUGAGUACUGCUUGUGCUGCCAUCUAGGGGUGGAUAUGCAAUACAACACCUACCGAUAUACUAUCCAACACUACAUCACAGCUGGAAGUAGUCAAAAGUACAGCAGACCACAUAUGACAAAAUCCAGCUGUGAUGAUAGAGGUCAGUUUCUUCCUUGAGCAUAGCUAUGAACCCUUAACAACCAUGUUUAUGCUUAAUGCAUCCCUCUAAAGAAUGUGACAGAAAAUGGAGCUCAGGUACAAGUCAUCUUCUACCAGUUACCUUUAUCAUCAGGCAGCUUACUGCAGUCAUGUCAGUAUUUUCCAUGUUUUCUGGUCUAAAUAGCGGCCAGUUAGGCUGAUCUUGCCCUGCCAACGUAUGCCAUGUGUUGAAAUAAGGAUGGCUUAUUUCCCUGCACUAAAUUGCUCUGCCCUGUCAACAGCUUACUAUGGGGGAAAUAAUUGCCUUUUAUUUUCAAAAGUUUUAAGUUCUCAUAUUUAUGUCUGUGUGAGUCAGUCUUAAACUAAAGUGGUGUGCAUGAAUGUUGUAUUUUAAGAGGUUGAGUCAAAUCAGGCGUAAUUAAUUCAUUUACAGUAUGCCUUCAGUCCCAGAUUGAAGGCUAAAUUAGGUUCAUCAUGAAUUAAAACACUGUAGGAUGUACCUUGUUGUUCAUCUUUUAAACUAAACAGAAA